AUUCAAGUGAGAGGUAUGCGUAGGAUAUUCAUGAUAUUGAGCAAGUUGUGGUUGUGACAAUUUUUCUUCCUCUCAAUUUUCUUAUCGAAAUGAGUACAAAUUUUAGAUGCUAGACAUCUUUCUGAUGUGGUAGAAAAUGGUCCUCGUUGCGUCCUCUGUGAUCGAAGGAAUCGUCCGCGAUGGCCUGGGUCAGCAAAUUAGCGUCGGGAAGGUUAGCACGGUGCAGCGGCUGUGGCAGGGAUAUGGUGAGAUUAUGCGCGUGAGCCUCAAGAAUUCACCACUGCCUCCAGAGGACGACAAGCACGCCAACAAGGCAGCGUCCUCUUCUGUGAUCAUCAAAUAUGUGGCGCCACCUCGAGGUGUGGGACAUGCUGGCGUCGGAGAUAUCGGCCACCAGCGCAAGGUGCGGUCCUACGAGGUGGAAAGUGCAUUUUAUCAGCACUUCGCGAAGCAACUUGGUUCUGCGGUCCGCGUGCCACGAUGCCUCUUUGUCACGAAUCAGGACCAGAAGACGGGCAAAAAUGAGGUAUGGAAGUAGCAGCGUAAUUGUAACAUUACUAGGUAGGCGUCAUUCUUAUCCUUUUAAUAAGAAAAAGAAGUAAUUAUAUAUACCGUUACAGCAUGCUCGGAGGGGUGCUCUUAUUUUGCGUCAGAAGUAUUACGGGUCUUCCACACCGACACCCACAGCUCCUUGUGGCAGUUAUCGCAGUUUUGGCCAAAGAGUAUUUGAUAGAUAUGUUCUCGAAGGGUAAACUCAUGGUCGUUGUAAACUUCUUGGUCUAGCUAAGCCUAGCAGUGAGGGGCAGAUUUGCUUCGUGCUGGAGGACCUAGACGCCGCGGGCUUCGCCGGACGAGAGCACUACUUGACAGCUGAUACGGUUAGGCCGAUGAUCUCUUGGCUUGCGCGUUUUCACCGCAGUUUUCUCUUCGAUUCGACGACCCAAGAGGGGGCUGAUGGCGGAGACCCUGUAACCGCGAAAAUGUCCAAGAAAAACAAGAAAAUGCGCAGUCUUUUAUGGUCCUGCGGUUGUUACUGGCAUCUCGACAUGCGGCCGGACGAGUUGGCGCAGUUGCGUCGGGACGACCCAUUGAGGAUGAAUGCAGCAACCUGGGACGCCCAACUUAAAGGCGCACGAUGGCAAACGCUUGUCCAUGGUGACGCAAAGGUAGAGAAUUUCUGCUUCUCAUCACUAAAGACGAGAAAAGGGAAACACGACAAGAACACAAGAUCUACUACGAGCAACGAUGGACAUGGAGGAGGUGAACAACAACUGGCUUCGGAUGUGGCCGCCGUCGAUUUCCAGUACGUGGGUUUCGGUGUAGGUGUCCGCGAUCUUGCGUAUUGCCUCAGCAGCUGUUUAUCCGAACGAGAGAUGAUGAAAUAUGCAGACGAGUUGUUAGACUUCUACUUUGGAGAGUUCUUCAACUUUGACGCAGGCGUAGGCGAAGGUGUGCUCCAGUUAAGACAAGGCCGCAUUAUAAUUGAUUCUUCCUGUUUGAUGACGUAGUUUUACAGACAGUAAAAGUUUUUUCCUAAAUUUCUCUUUGUAGUUCGUCGGUGUGGUACGGAGCAAGUACAUGAGAAUGCGAUGAGUAAAGAUGGUAAAAACUCCAACAUCAGAAGUAGUUCGUGGUCGUGGAUCACGACCUGCUCUAAUUUCGUUCGGUGAAAAGGGUACAGAGGGGGACAGAUCCGAUGUAGAACGCGAAUGGCGACAGCUGUGGCCAGUCUGUUUCGCGGAUUUCGAGCGCUUCCUCGCAGGCUGGUGUCCUGGUGGUGGAUGGGCUCGCAACGGCUACACCCUUCAAAUGACCCAAAAAGCCAUUCAACUGGCUAGUGAGAAUUAUUCGUUGAUCUAUGUAUCACAAGGUGAACGAAGUAGAUUUCAUGCCUAACAAAUUCGCAAGGACGACGCUAUUAAGUGGAAAUUUGUAAAUGUAAAGCAAGGACACAGAAGAUCUUGAAAUAUGUGGUAGGAAGACGAAUUUGACUGAUGAUCCAAGGUCAAAUUGUUUACGCGCGUCAAGAAUUCUUUGCUGUCUCGAUUCCCUGCUCUGCUCUUUUCCGAUGAAAAAAGCAUGAAUUUCAAAUUCUGUGGAGUCUCUCGCCGACGUUUUGCAAUUAACGUUAC